AUGCUCAGCACCGUGACUCAAGAUUUCAAACCCCUGCACCCUGAGCUGUCGUUUGUGACGUUCAUUGAAGACGCCCCGAUGGAGGGUUUAGACGAUGUGCUCGUGAACGAGGUGCAUGGUUCUACUGGGGCCGAUUCCGAAGAUCCCCAGAAGCUACCGGGCGAUCACCUCCAGAUUUGCAAGUUUCCCGCCAGUGAGAUCAAGUCGGGGGACUUCAGACUCGUCUAUACCGGCAUCCAAAACCUCAUUGACAGUCAGGUCAAGGAAGUACACAAACUUACGAACAUCCUCAAACGAGCGCUUUACUCGCUAUCUCCGUCCCCCAGGCUCUCGCGCUCUCAACACCUUAAACCAACGGAGGGAACCUGUGAAUGGAUCAAAAACGUCCCCGAAGUCGAGAAAUGGCUCACCAGUGAGCCUGGUCAGCAGAACCUGUGGAUCAAUGGCCCGGAAGGCUCUGGGAAAAGCGUCCUGACACAUUACAUUGUUUCGUGUCUUAACAAAGGCAAAACGACCACCAAGCGAGACGCACUGUUUUGUUCUCUGGACGACAAUGAUUUGGAGCAGAUGGACGACUUAGAAUUUUUGCUACGGGUCUUGCUAUAUCAAGCGCUACACCGUGUACCGGAAGCUGAGAUUGUCUCAGAGGCUCUGUUGCCCACAUUUGAGCAGGUCCAGGGUCGAAAGGAUGGGACCGCGGAGAUCUGGACAAAGGAUACUCUAACUCGAAUCUGGCCGGACACUAUGGCCAAAGUCAUGGCACGUUGCCCGAUAGCAUUGGUGUUCGACGGCCUCGAUCAGAUGGAUCCAGAGUCUCUAGACGUGUUCUUGCGCUGCUUGUCUCAGCUGCCACAAAAGACGCAACAAGCAUUUUCAAAGCUAGAAAACAAGGAUGGGAAGACGCAACCACAAGUGAGGAUGCUCGCUUUCUCUCGCACUAAUGACCACAUCCGGGGUCGGCUCAGACAGUUGAAAUUCAACUCCUACAUGAUUCGCUCUGACGACACCAAGGAAGAUGUCCACAAAACGGUCGCGGCUAGUCUUCAGCCUUGGUUGCGGCCUAGACGUCAGGGCGUUAUCAACACCCAGGCGGAAGAGAUAUCCCGCCAAAUUGCCGAAAAUGCGGGUGGAUCCUAUCAAUGGGCAACCCUAGCAGUGGAUGAGGUACGACGGCAACGCAAGAAGGACGGCAAAGAGAUACUGUCUCUGCUGAACAAGUACCCACCCGGAGAUGUUCGAGGGUUCUACGAUCAAACAUUCACGGAGAUGAAAAACAACACGGCCAACUCCGAGUUCAUCAAGCAGGUCCUCCAAUGGGCCGUUUUUCAGCAAGAAGGCCUUGCGCUUCCCGAGUUCAGGCAGGCCCAUGCGUUGUUUGAGGCGGUCCAAAAGCAUCCCAACUGGGACAUCAGUCCAGACACACUGAGUGACUGUGAAGAACCCAACAUCAAGGCACAUGCGGCAUUCCAUUGCGGACAGUUGGUCAAGUUUCAGUCGGACGGCCGCCUCUCACUCGCUCAUCGAGGCCUGAAGGACUACUUGACCACCUCAACCAACGUUUCGCCAUCUUCUGAGCCCAAUACCGCCUCAGAGUUCUUCCUCCACCCGGAAAUCUCACAUGCCGCUCUCGCCAGCCUCUGCAUUGCUUACCUCACGAUGCCCUGCUUUAGUAAGCUCUAUCCCACCCCCAACCCGACUUCAUCAUCUCACACCACUAACACCAAACCCACCAUCCUCACAGAUCUCUCCAACCCCUCACCGCCCCAGUCCCCCAGCUGGUCCGCAGACAUGCGCUCCCGUCUCCAAGAUUACCCAUUUCUCCGCUACGCCUCACUUUACUGGUGCAAACACCUCGCCCUGGCCGGAUCCGCAUGGCCCUCUGCCGGCCAAGAAAGUGCGAAGACUGCCCCUCAGGCAGACGAGAUCCGAAAACGAAAGGCCUGGCUAGAGGAUAAGAACAGCGGGUAUUCACGGUGCUGGACAGAGGUGUGGUGGUAUGUGGUACGUGGUGGGUCGGAGGAGUAUCCAACGGAGGGAGUUGGGGAGUUGGCGAAGAAUGUAGUCAAAAGGGUGGUAGAGAGGGUGGUAGAGAGGGUGGUAGAGAGGGUGGUCGAGAAGGUGGUUGAGAAGCAGGUGGUGGUUGAGAAAGUGGUCGAGAAGCCAGUGAUCGAGCAGGUGUUCGUUGACAAAGUUGUCGAGAAGCCGGUGGUCGAACAGGUGUUCGUUGAGAAAGUGGUCGAGAAGCCGGUGAUCGAGCAGGUGUUUGUUGAGAAGCCCGUGUUUGAGAAGGCGAUCGAGGUGUGCUACGUCGAUCAUAUGGUUGAGGCGCCGAAAAAGGCACGAGUUCGCAAGCCUUAUUUCAAGCGGGUCAAGAAGGCGAUUGGGAAUUUGGUCACGACGGUGGCAGGCAAGGACGACUAUUAA